AAGGGAAGAGCCAGUAAACUGUGAAGACAGAGGAAAAUGGCACUGAGGAGUGACAGAGCAACAGAAGGGUCGUAGGAAGGAAAACAGUUAAGAACAGCAUGAGCAGUGCGUUUAGAAAUCAAGGGCUGCCAGAAUGAGUGCGCGGGCGGAGGAUGUUCAGGAGAAAUGGGAAAGCAAAUGACCGAAUCUUUCAAGGCUUCUGAUUUGAUUAUCACGCCAGCUACAACGUUCAAGGAAAAACCAGACCCCACUGGUUUGGUGUUUGGAACUGUGUUCACUGAUAAUAUGCUGACAAUUCAAUGGUCCUUGGCUUCAGGAUGGGAGAAACCCUAUAUUAAGCCACUGGAGAACCUCUCAUUACAUCCAGCCUCCUCAGCCCUGCAUUAUGCUAUAGAACCAAGAGGACAGACAGAGGAGAAUCUGGUGUCAUUGCUGUGGCUCAAUGAAUACACACUGUUUGAAGGGAUGAAGGCAUACCGAGGAGUGGAUGGCAAAAUCCGCUUGUUCCGGCCAACCCUGAACAUGGAGCGGAUGGCACGAUCAGCACGGAGAACAACUCUGCCAACUUUUGACCAGAACGAGCUGUUAGAGUGCAUCCGUAAGCUUGUGGAAGUGGAACAGGAAUGGGUCCCAUACUCCACCUCUGCCAGCCUGUAUAUCCGUCCUACCCUAAUUGGAACUGAGCCUUCCCUUGGAGUGAAGAAGCCGACUAAAGCCCUGCUGUAUGUCAUACUGAGCCCUGUGGGUGCUUACUUUGCAAGUGGAAGCUUCAAUCCAAUAUCCUUAUGGGCAGAUCCAAAAUAUGUAAGAGCAUGGAAAGGGGGAACAGGAGACUGCAAACUGGGAGGGAAUUAUGGUUCUGCUAUUUAUGCCCAGCAGGAAGCCCUGGAGUUUGGCUGCCAGCAGGUUUUAUGGCUCUAUGGAGACGAUCACCAAAUAACUGAAGUUGGAACAAUGAAUCUGUUUCUCUACUGGAUAAAUGAAGAUGGAGAAAAUGAACUGGCAACGCCACCUUUAGAUGGCAUCAUCCUUCCUGGAGUGACAAGGCAAAGCAUUUUGGAUCUGGCACUCAACUGGGGAGAAUUCAAAGUGUCUGAGCGAUACAUCACCAUGAGUGACUUGACAUCUGCCUUGGAAGAGAACAGAGUAAAGGAGAUGUUUGGUGCUGGAACAGCUUGCAUUGUAUGUCCCAUCUCUAAAAUUUUAUAUAAGGGCAAGCACUUGCACAUUCCAACUAUGGAGAAUGGGCCUGAGUUAACAACCCGUUUCCUGAAUAAGCUAAGUGAUAUCCAGUAUGGAAGAGAAGACAGUGAUUGGACAGUGCUGGUGUCAUGAAGGUGGCAGAGUUCAGACCCUCCAGACAGACCUGACAUCUGAAUAAUGACAACUUCUGUAGAUGCCAGUGCGUAGCAUAGUUUCAGUAUCAACUUGCUCCCCAGGAUGAUUCUCUCCACAAUCCAGCAAACGUGAAUGCAAUAAUUUUGAUUUCUACUGUAAUCCUGUUAGUAGAAGCCUGUCUUCUUGGUAGAGGUGCUAAAUGUUAGCAAUAGAACUUUCCUAAUGUAUUUCUUAGUGCCUCCUUAUAUAGUCUGAAAACUUGUAAAAUGCUCUUCAACUGUUCUUGGGUUUGGUUUGUUUACUGCCACCAUCAGCGGAACGUGUGUCAAGUGAGGAUGCUGCCUGCGAGCUGCCCCCAGGGUUCUGUUGACAUUAUUUUGCCUUUUGCUCUGUGCUUGGGAAACAAAUAGGUUUAGCCAUACACUCCAUCCUUUCAUACUCUGCUUGCAUUGGAGAUUCCUGAGUUUGUGUAACCUGGUAGAUGCCCUCAUACUCUAGCCAGUAACUUUGGCCUUUAGCCCAAAAUUCUCUGAGUCAGUCUAGCCUGCAAGAUGGUCCCUGUUGGCCUAUUGCCUUUCCCUCCAUGGGGCAUUUCCAUGGCUGCUUGGGCAGUGCACACCUCUCUAAUAGUUGAAUACAUCCUUCUGGACAUGAUUUAAAAGGCUGUGUCAGGCCCUGCUGAGAUAAAAAUUCCCCUUCGGCCUAGCAGAGCUGGGCUCUGCAGGCACAGUGUUGCCUUCUGGGUGAGUUUCUAGAAAAUGAGAUUAGACAACUUUGGCUGUGAAAGUUGAACCAUUCUUCACAGCAACCAAACCUUUAGAUUGAGGAAUUUCUUUCAUCAUCCACUCACAUAGUUUAGGUCAGAAAAAUGUUUUUCUCAUCUCUUUCACAUACAUGCUGUAUCCAGCCUCCAUUGACAAUGUGCUGUAGAAGGAGCAAGCAGUGUUGUCAAGAGAAAAUGUCUAGGAGGAAAGAGAUUUCAUUCAAACCCUGAUUUCAUUCUGGUUAAGCAGAUAAUUCAUGCAAUGCUACUUUCUCACAUGUAGUCUUGAUGCUUUGGAAGCAACACAGAGCAUGCAGCCCGUAGUUGGGGAAGUAACUUCUGCAAAUGUUCACUAAAGAUCGUUCUUGUAAUACUUAUUAGCUUUCUCCUUCUGCACACAGCUUUGUUGAACAGCUUUAAGAUACCUCUUGCCAAAAAAGAUAACAGUAUUCUGUAUCAAUGUUCCAAAGUGCUACUUCAUUAUAAAACUGGUGGAACUUCAUUGACACUUUAUUAGAGUUCUAUAAGAAGUAAAAGUGAAACAUUUCUUGUUCUAGUUUGCAGUAGAGAUGCACCAGUGUUAAGGGAAGCAUUUAGCACUCUAAUUUUUAUCUCUCCCAUGCUUAUUAAGUCCUUUGUGGUUACUGAUAUUUGUUAACAUAGUUUUAAAAGACAAAAUAUAAUUUCUAAUGGACCAUCCAUGCCUUAUGCAGCUGUUAAAGAGCAGCCUUAUGGCUUCCUGUUCAUUUUUGGUCAUAUUUUGAAGACUCCUCCUUAGCCAUCGCUUUCUUCCGCUCCCUCAGCUCAUGAUUUUUCCUAUCUUUGACUGCAGUCCAAUCUGAUCUUUUAAUGACGAACAGUUGAAGGCUCUCUCUGACAAUGUAACUAUUGUUAAAAAUUGAUGGAUAAUUUUUUCUUUAGUCUACGACUGCAAGCACAACUUACAGUAGUCAUAGUGCUGUGACCAUUUGAAUCCAUGUCAUGUGCUGGUCUUUGUUCAGUAUCUUACUAUGUGUUACAAGCUGCUGGUAGUCUUUCCUUUUAUUUAAUUAGAUGUCUGGAAAAAUUUACAUGGGGAAUAUGUCAAGAUGCAACAUGGGGUAGAGAGUUUUAUCCAACAAAUUAAAGAGUGCCUUUAACCAGAGUGUGGCGUGGAGCUCUCUAAAAGAUUAUGUAGUGAACAACCAUUUGUGGUUUACUGGUACUAAGCUAUCUAAGCUUUCCCUAAGGUUCAUCUUUGGUUUAGCAGCAAAUGGGAAAGUGAAAAUACCUAACUUCAGAUGCAUGGCAAAGUGGUUGUGCAAUAGCUUAACAUCUCAGCUUUGACAGAGUUGAUAUAUGGUACUAUAUAUAUCAAAAAUCUCCAUGAAGGCCUCAGUAUACAGCAGCAAUCUAUUAACUAGGGAGAAUGAAGAAGGACCACUUAGAAUAAUUAUUUUACUGAAAUGAAAACCUGAAAGUUGUGUAAAACUUUUUCUUAAAUUGAUUGCAAGUCAUUUAACAUGAAGAAGCCUGGUGGUUUCAUUUGUUGUGUUUUGCGUGGUUUCCUGCACUGACCAGAAAGACGACAUCUCUUUUUUCUGCUGAUGGAGACUUCAAAAUGAGGAGAAUUGAUAGUGGAAUGACCCACAGAAUUGAGUGGUCUUUUCUUGCAGGGAAAAAUGAAAAUGUGGAGUGUAUAUAUGUUAACUCUUGUCUUUAACAUUUUGGUUAAUUGCCUUACUCUAUCUAUGUCAAAUCAAAGCUCUGCUUGUUUCCAAGUGUAAUCCAGGGGAAUAGGUUUCUGAUUUUAAACUUUGAAACCUAAAUAGGAGAGCUGACAAGUCAGUAUAGUACAGGAAAUUCUUCUGAUGUUGCAUGCUGUCCUACUCUGAAUUCUGGUGGUGCGUUUUAUCUCAUUAGCCAAAGGAAAGAAAUAACAUGUGUAAAUAACAAUCAGUAUUUGAUAUUGCAUUCUUCUUGUUUUCACUUGUAAAGUUUAGGAGGGAACUGUGGUAUUCCCUGAGCUAGUAACAGAUUGUAAAAGAACAUCUGCACAUCUUUUCUCCAUGUGCCCUAUUUGUUUAAUUGCAACAGAUUAACAUAGAGUAUGAUACAUCAUAACUAGGCAAUUAUCCAUUUUUCAUGACUUAGUUAUGGUUCUGGUAAUUGAUAAUUUAAGACACAAGAUAGUCUAACAUUAGGAAAAUUUGAAACUGAUCAACAAAUUAAUAUUGUUGUGUGAUAUUUGCAUAAUUGACUGCAAUUAUUUAAUUUUUAAUUGGGUUGAUCAGAUGAGAUUCGGCCUUUCACAUGCUUAUGUUUUACAAACACUGGUACUUCAAAAUCACAAUAAUGAAAUCUAAUUUUCAUGUGUUCUUUCUUCUCCUCUUCAUUAUUUCGAUUAUUAUUUUCAGUAUUGAGCAUGUCCUUAAUUUUCAGUUUGGUUAGCAUGUUUCAUGACUAGGAAAAAAGUCCUUCAAAUAACAAAAUUUUCAUGAUACUGGCAUUUCGUACAAGCUGUUCUGGUGCCAAGAAUUAUGGCUUCAGCAACUGGCAUUACUUAACCAGAUUGCUAACUGCAGUGAGGGCAAAUUCACUGAGAAUUGACAGGGACAGAUGCAGGUGAGAAUGAUAAUAAAGGUUCUUAGAGUAGAUAAUCUGUUCAGUCCAUAGCAGUGCAAAGCAAACAUCAUUUUUUCUGGUGUGUAGAAGGGAAAACUGAUAAGACAAAAGCAAGGUUGUGAGAUCUGUCUGCCCAGCCAUUGUUUACACCUGUUAUCAGCCACUCCUCCUCUUUGUACAUAACCUCUUGUUGGGGUUUGUCUAAUUCAAACUAUGAUAGAUAUCAUAGAUCCUUUUCUGUAUAUUUAUUUUUGUUAUUUAUCCUCAGGCAUGAAUAAUGGUAAUUUGGAAAACUUGAAAGUAAUUUAGAGUGCAAGUUAUUUGAAAUGUCUGUCUUCCAAGAGGUAGACAGUAAAACAGCUGGGACUGAUCUCAGAGCUACUUAUUUAGAGGAAGAACUCUCUUGAAUUCAAUGGCCUCUCCAAAACAAUCUGCAUAAUCCCAGCAGAUUUCUGAGUUUGAAUUGUCUUGCUAUGGAAUAGAAUACAGAGAUAUACAAAGUUGGUGGCACAGCCUGACAGACUGUGGUACAUUGUCUUUCUCUGCAUGGGAUCCAUGCUACUGAGGGUAAAUUUUAAUUGUUCUAGUGGCAGGCUGAUAUCCUGAAAGGUGGCAGCUGUAAAUGAUGGCUGAGCAUGCCCUGUAGUUCUAUAGUUGUUGCCUUCUUCCUUGCUGUCUUUCUCUCUCUUUCACAGACUUGCACCCCUUUUCCCCCAUUCUUCAAUUCUUGUCUCAUAUCUAAAAGCAUAUUUAAGCAAAGUUGUAUUCUUUGUGCUUUUACAGUUGUGACAAUUAAAAAAAAAAAAAAAGGUUGUUUUUUCAUAUUCCAAGGUGUUGAGGAAUCAAAGUUGUGCUUUACCACCAGAACAUGUAAUCCCUGUACAGUCUAUCACUGACUUUGUGGGACAAGUGAUCUAAACUCUGAGUGAAUAGUAGUAGUACUACCACUUAUACCACUUUUAACUCUAAUCCAAACUUUUACUUAAAAACUUAUUUCAUUACAGAUCAAAUUAAGCUUUCCAGAAAAUGCUUUUUAAGCAACAAGAAAUAUUCCAUGCAAAGUCCAGUGUUUCAAGGAUUACAUUAGAAUAGACUAACUUGGUUAUGCCGAGAAAAAUGUUAUUUAAAUGAGAAAUGCAUUCAGGGUUUGCUGCAUGAACCCAUAAAUAUGUAACAAGUGUAGAUCAGAAUACAAAAAUUAGCAUACAGUAUGAUCUUGACAAGAGAAAUUUGUCUCAAACUGGACUAUGCUAUUAAAAAAGUGAUGCUUGAAGGAAUCAUGACACCUCUCAAUGUAAAGUCAUUAGCAUGGGACUAUCUUAGAGGUACAUUUGGUCAUGUAGCACUGAUCUUUACCAAAAAUUUGCUGAACUACAAUGCUUACCAAUUUGGAAGUGUGAAAGACCUGUGUUUUACUGUGUUUUGUAUCUAUCUGCAAAAUUUGGAAAAAUAAUUCAUAGGUCCUAAAUAAUUGAAGCUCAAAAACUUCUUAUGAAGUUAUUUGUAUCUUUUUUUCCAUAAGAGCAAAAGAGAAUACUGGCAUUGCAUUGGUGAAAAAUACUGUUGUAGCACUCCUCCUGUCCAUGCCUUGCUUCGAACACGAUUCUUAUUAGUAAGAAUUCCAGGAUAUUUUCUCUGAGUGCCAUCUAUAGUACACUUGGCAAAUAUAUCCCCAGCUCCAUAAACAAAACUAACUUGGCCAUUACCUUGAGCUAGAACAGUCAGGUACAUUAGGACUUAGCAGAUGAGGAGCAAUGCCAAACUACAACAGUAAAUAGAUCUGAAGUAAGAUUAGUCAA